GCGGCGCGGCCCCGCCCCGCAGCGGCGCGAGGCGUGGCGGCCCCUCCCGCGGCGCUGGGGAGCGAUCGGCCCGGCCCGCCCCGCGCGGCGCUGCCCGCACCGGCACAGGCGCCCAGCGCAGCCCCGCGGGGCCCCCGAUGAUGCCGGGGGCGCGGGCGGCGGAGCAGCAGCGCCCGGACCCGGAGGUGUGGCGGCCGCCGCCGCCCCAGUGACGGCCCCGCCAUGUCGGUGAUGGUGGCGAGGAAGAAGGUGGUUCGGAAAUGGGAGAAGCUGCCGGGCAGAAACACCUUCUGCUGCGACGGCCGCAUCAUGAUGGCCCGGCAGAAGGGCAUCUUCUACCUGACGCUCUUCCUCAUCCUCGGCACCUGCGCCCUCUUCUUCGCCUUUGAGUGCCGGUACCUGGCAGUGCAGCUCUCCCCGGCCAUCCCCGUGUUUGCAGCAGUUCUCUUCCUGUUCGCCAUGGCCACGCUGCUGCGGACCAGCUUCAGCGACCCUGGCGUGAUCCCCAGGGCGCUGCCGGACGAGGCAGCCUUCAUCGAGAUGGAGAUCGAGGCCACCAACGGGACAGUGCCGCAGGGCCAGCGCCCCCCCCCUCGCAUCAAGAACUUCCAGAUCAACAACCAGAUCGUGAAGCUGAAGUACUGCUACACGUGUAAGAUCUUCCGUCCCCCCCGGGCCUCGCACUGCAGCAUCUGCGACAACUGUGUGGAGCGCUUCGACCAUCACUGCCCCUGGGUGGGCAACUGCGUGGGGAAGAGGAACUACCGCUACUUCUACCUCUUCAUCCUCUCGCUCUCACUCCUCACCAUCUACAUCUUCACCUUCAACAUAGUCUACGUAGCACUGAAAUCUCUGAAGAUUGGGUUUCUGAACACGUUGAAGGAAACCCCAGGGACUGUACUGGAGGUGCUCAUCUGUUUCUUCACCUUGUGGUCAGUGGUGGGAUUAACUGGGUUCCACACCUUCCUGGUGGCACUGAAUCAGACAACCAACGAAGAUAUCAAGGGGUCCUGGACUGGAAAGAACCGCGUGCAGAAUCCCUACAGCCAUGGCAACAUAGUGAAGAACUGCUGUGAGGUGCUCUGUGGGCCCCUGCCCCCCAGCGUCCUGGACAGACGGGGCAUCUUGCAGCAGGAGGAGGGCACGGCGCAGGAGGAGUCGUGCCCGCGGGGGCCCAGCGCUGCUGCGGGCGCCAGGGGGCAGGCGGAGGGGAGCGGGGUGCCGCAGGAGGAUGGGAGCCUUCCCCACGCCAGCGCCGGGAGUGAGGCCUCUGCGCGCGGGGUCCCUGCGCCACCCCUGAGCCACGCCGAGAUGCCGGAGGAGAAGCAGCUAAUGUCUGGGGAGCUCCCAGUCCCGCCCCAGGACGCUGGGCAAGCAGAGCACUAGCAUCUGCUUGAAGGGGAGAACUUUCUUGUUUUGUCUAAUCAAAGCUGGAGGUGGUGGAGGAGAGGAGGAGAUGGGCUGGAUGGCAGGCAAACGAUUCCUCAUGGCCACUUUGCUGUAGUCGUUAUUCGCGGCGCUGGCCUCGCGCGGUGGCAAAGGAGCCGGAGCGGGAGCCUCGGUCCCCGCGGGGCCGGGCAGCCGCAGGCCGGGGCAGGACCUCUUGCUCUGCAGGUUGUCCUGAGGCUAAAUACCGGCUGUCCCUCUGCCUGACGAGACGGCUCGUGGUCAAGCAGCUCGGAAGUGACGUUAGGGUCGGCCUGCUCCCUACUGCUGAGGAAUCCUGGUGGGAAGGGGAAAGCAAGUCAUGGCAGUAGCGUCCUCUCUCCCCUCCUCCCUCCUUCCUCUAUUCUGUGGCAUUGUUUUGUUGGUUAACGUGACAGGGGUUGUCAGGAGACAGUUUGGUGCCAAAAGGGCCGAGGUAACAGGGAAGGUGUUCUGCUGGCAGUGGUUUUAAAGUAGCUUCCUUCCCGUGCUCCUUCUUUCCGUGUGACUUAAGCCGGUGUGAGAGCAGUAGUGGUGGGCAGGGGCCCCCUUCCCGUCCUUCUCUGGGGAUCACCCUGAAGCAGGGGCUCAUGGGAUGAGCGGGGCAGCCCCUCUUCCCGUGUGUGUCUGGCCGCAGAGCGGUUGGCGGGAGGUGACUCUGGCUGCAGGAGGCUCUGCCUGGCCGCUGGCUCCCUGCCUGGUGCCGGGGCUGCCAUUGCUGCCGGGUGCAGGGUGCCCUCCCCUUGCACCUCAGGCUGUAGCCACUGCUCUGCAGAACCUCAGCCCUGAUUCUGUGUCAUGUCGUCGUGUCCCCGUGUCCCCACCGCCUUGCCCUGCGUUCCUCAGCCAGCCUCGACGGGUGUUCGGCACGGGAGGGAGCAGAGGCCGGGGCCGGGCUGUGGCGGGAGGUCUCUGUGCCCUGCCAGGGCUCCUCUUCCCCCCCUGCCCCUGUUCUGUGCUGUGCAGCCGGGCUGGGGAGUGCCUCAGGGCUGUGGGGCCCCUGGUGAUGGAGGGAAUGCCGUUGGUGCCCUGGCAGCUCUGCAGCCUGUACCAUGAGUGCUGGGCAGGUCUGUGCCUCCUGCAGGCAUGUGCUGGGCCUCUGGGAUGCUCCUGCCUGGCAGCGUGAAGCUGCUGCUCCUCCUUCCCUGCCCUCGUAUUCCGACCUGCUUUCAGCGGCGGCAGCGGGGUGAGGCGGGGAGCCGGGUCCCCUGGAGCCUGCAGUGGCUCCCAGCUUGCUCCGCCCUCGCAGUGCUGAGCCGGCCGUGCCUGGCAGCGGGUGCAGGGGUGUGAAGGGAGCGAGCGGUGCUGCCCGCACCCUGCACACCGGGGCCGCCUCUCCCGGCUGAGGGCAGCGCUGCUGUCCGCUGCUGGGGCCCCGCUCGCAGCCGCUGCCCCCCGCACACCCCAGCCAUGGGAGCUGCCCCCUCCUCUCCCACCGCCCCGACACGCUGCUGCCCCAAGCCUGAGCUCGCUGUGGAGAAGUGCGGGGUUGGGUUUGCCUGAGGCGGGGUGCUGGUGCUGCCUGCACACGGGGUUGUGCCCGCUCCGGUCGGGAAGGGCGCGGGGCUGGGCGAGGGCUGGGCUUGCUCCGGUUUGGUUUCUGCUUUUUUUAAUUUUAAAACAAUGAAGGAAAACUAACUGGUUUGAAAACUG